AUGGCCUGUAAUCAUGACAAGCGUAAAAAGAAGGCAGAACCAUGGGCCCUUGGCCCAUUAGCUGGAACUGUCAUUGCUCGAGGAAACAAAAUUCUUGCCAGCAAAAUUGCCUUGUUAAGCAAACCUUUGCCAGCCUACUUGAAUAUCAACCGCGAUGGCUGGGUCAUUGCGCAGAGGCUCAUCUUUGAUGGUAUUGAAACCACCGACACCCAUACCGAACCCAUUGUCAUCAAGGUCAAUCAAGAAGAAGUGAUUGGGACAGGAGGAAUGCGGACGACAUAUGCAGCUCAAGUCAAAACCAACACUGAUGGUGUUGAAACUAUUACCGAUUACGUUGCCAAGGUCAUGAAAAACAAGGAUCACCAAGACCUCAAUCUCCAUGCAACGGAUGCCCGAAUAGCUAUAGGCCUUCCAGAAGUUGGUGAAUUAGCAUGGGAGAACAAUCAAACCCGGAAUCAACAACGAAGUCCCAAUGAACAAUCACAAUCUUCCAGCCAUGCGAACCGGCCUACCAGAGCACCCCAUGCCAGCAGUUCUUUGUCGCACUUGCUUAUUAGUUCUGAUGAUGAGGGCGUGCUCCCAGAUCCAAACACAUUAUUUGGAACUCGUUCAUCCUUCAAGAGCCCACGAAACACCAGCAAUUAG